AUGCUGUGGUGCAGAUGUGGUGUCCUCUUCAUCCUCUGUAUCAGUCCUGUCACCUGCCUCGUGGUGUCUCCCUGUCCUCCCGGCUGCUGCUGCCCUCCCCCUGGACUUUUGGUCCUGUGCGAGUCCCUGGGUCUUCGCUCCCUCCCUCGUUCAGUCCCUCUCGGUACCUCGGCUCUGUCUGUGGCCAGAAACCAGCUCUGUAAUGUGGACAACCUGCUCCUGCCUUUCUCCGGCCUGCAGGAGCUGAGCCUCAGUCACAACCUGCUGCCCCGCUUCCCUCGAGGUCUACCCUCCAGUCUGGAGUCCCUCCUGCUGCAAGAAAACCGCAUCACUUACAUCACCUCAGGUGCACUCCGACACCUGGGGAACCUCACCCGUCUGGAUCUCGAGGACAACCGUAUCCGUGCCAUCCAACCUGGAGCGCUCAAAGGUCUCAACAAGCUGCAGGUCCUGACCCUGAAGGGGAAUGAACUCACCACCCUCCCUUUGUAUCUCCCUCCAUCACUCACCCACUUGGACCUCUCUGCAAACUGCAUCUCUGUCCUGGACCUGCCCUCGCUGUCCGCUCUGAUCAACCUGCAGGUCCUCAAAAUCAACAGUAACUGCUUGCGCUCAGUCCCAGAGAGAGCCUUCGAUAGCCUGCCCCGUCUCAGGUCUGUGGACCUCAAAAACAACCUCUGGGUGUGCGAGUGUGACAUCCUGUAUCUCUACCGCUGGCUGCUGAACGGCAGGAUGAGGAUGGCAACAGACCUGGUGUGCAGUGAGCCCAUCCAUCUCGCUCACCGCCUCCUUCUGAACCUCUCCAUCAUGGCCAUCUGUCCCCGAGUCCUGACACCCAAUGAGAGGACGCAGCAGCUGCAUGUUAACGUCUCUGCACCUGAGGGGAGAUCGGAGACGACUGGACUGGACUCUUCAGAAAAGACCUUUUUAGAGCAAACAUCAGAAGAAAAGACUCCCCGUGUCCUCUCCAGAGAUAUCCCAAAGACUCGUGUUGUACCUGAUCACUUCUCUUUAGAGACCCUCACCUAUGAGGAGUGUUUGUCUCUGAAUAAAACACAAUCAGUCGUCCCACCUCUUUUAAAAACCACCUCAGCUCUUCUGGAUGAGGAGCAGAAAUGCAGGAACAACACAACAGCUCGAUACCCUCAGACUAACGCAACCUCUGAAGGAGAGACACCACCUUUUCUCUCCACUAACAGAGACGCACUUUGGCCCACUCCCAACCCACGACCUUUGACACAAACAGACUCUCCGGUGGUCAUCGCCCUGCUUGCCGUGUUGUGCAUGUUAGUGACUCUCCUUAUGCUUGCAGUGCUGCUUGUACUCAAACAGGUUCUCUUGCGGCGGCAGAGGGUGGCUCCCCUGGAUGUCGGGUCAAACGGAUGA